AUGAAUCGAUUCAUUGGUGGAGACAAUAUUGUUAUGUUGAAUGGAAUGGAUUGGAGAAGACAUCGCAAAAUUGCAAAUCCAGCCUUUAAUCGAGCAAUGCCUGUACGACUUUUCGGUGAACUAACUCAAACUAUGUUCAAGACCAUGGAGACUUUAGGCACGACUAUUGAUGUAUUAGAUCUGUCAGAACGAUUAGCCUUGGAUACAAUUGGCAAAGCUGGAUUUGGUUUUGAUUUCCAUGCUCUUGAAAAUCGAAACAAUCAAUGGGUGAAUUAUUACAAUAGUGUAAAGGAAGGUAUGUUGGAUCCCUUCUUCUUAUUAUUCCCUAUUUUCGAUACGAAACUAUUGAAUUGGUUCCCGAAACGACGACGUAUUCACGAUAACCUGACCAACUUUUUGAACAUGCUGGGGACAAUUAUUGAACAAAAACGACUCUUAUUAAAUCAACAUAAUCAUGAUAAAGUGAUGGAUGAAGAAGAACGCGAUUUACUUUCCUUGAUGAUUGAAAGCGAACAAGGUGAAAAUGCCACUCUCUCAAACGAAGAACUAAGAAGCAAUCUAUGUAUCUUCUUUUUGGCAGGUCAUGAUACAACAGCAUUUACCUUGGCUUUUAUGAUGUAUGAAUUAGCAGUGAAUCCAGAUAUGCAAGAAAAGGCACGACGUGAAGUCAUUUCUAUUUUGGGGGACAAACCUGUGGAUGUGUUGCCUACAAAUGAGGAUACCAAAAAGAUGAACUAUCUCAAUGCAGUGAUGAAGGAAACAAUGCGACUACAUAACCCAGUUCUCGGUACAACAGCACGUGAAGUCAUGGAAGAUACAUAUUUGGGACAAAUAUUUCUGCCUCGAGGAUCUCUAGUAUCUGCUGAUAUUUUGAACGUUCAUCGUAAUCCAGAAGUGUGGGAAUCGCCGUUGGUUUUCAACCCUGAUCGAUUCUUACCUGGUGGCGAAGCUGAUCAACAACCAAAUAGUGGGUUGUCAUGGAUUCCUUUCUCAAGUGGAGGUCGAAUAUGUAUUGGACAAAAGUUUAGUUUGAUUGAACAACGAGUGGUGAUGUCCAUGUUAUUACGAAAAUACAAAUGGUCAUUACCCAAAAACUCGUUCCAUGCUGAUGGAUUGAAAACUCAUGGUGUGGCCUUUGGUAUCAUUUCAACCACCAAUUUGACUCUGGAUUUUGAAAAGCUUUAUUAG